GGCACCAAGGCAGGACCGCAUCCCGGAGCUACCCCGGUCGCCCCGCUCUUUAGUCACUCUUAACCACCCGCUGCUUGGUUAAACCACCAAAGAGAGCAGAUCGGAGGGUCCCCGGGUCAUUUCUGGACAGAGAAAGCCGGGAAUCAGAGUCUGGAUCCGGGGGAAAACAGCUGCCGGAGAAAGUGACGGACGGAGCGGAGCCUCUUCGCCGGGAUUUAACAUCACCUCGCAGCGCUACUGGAUAUCUCUGCCUGCUGCUCUGGCGCCGCCAGGUCACAUUCACAGCGUAUUUCCUCGAUUAUAACCUAACAUUGACGUGGAACAUUUCACCAAGCCACUUUAUAAACCCUGCGUGGAUUUCGGAUUUACGCUUUGCAUCCGUUGCCAUUCGAAAAUAACAAGAUUGGAGAUAUUUUAAGACGCAACCGGGACGUUUUUUUUUGUAUUAUUCUGGAGGCAAUACGCGAGAAGAGUGGUGCGCAGUUCUCCCACUCACUGACCUGCGCCUUUGCCCUCCACAAAAACACAUUUUGGCAGCCGAGUGGAGAAAAAGGGCAAAGCUUAUUAACUUUGCAUGCUAGAGGCGAGAGGGUGGAAUCUAAUUCCAGGGGUUAUAUUUGCAUACCAUCGGAUAAAUCAACGUUUGACAUCGACCGAGCAGCUGCUGGAUUUUUUUUUUUUUAUUAUUAUUUUUGGAGCUCAGAAUGAAUCUUUUUUUAAUGCGCAGCAGAGAAGUAUGAGCGUCUGAAACAACCUGCCUGGAGUUGCAGACUGGACUCAGGAGCGAUUUAUGGUUGUCCGCAAAACUCCCCCGGCUGUCGUACUGUGCCCGCCUCGCCAUGCUGGCCUGUCUGCAGAGGAGGCAAAACCCUCCACCCCAGCACCCGGUGUGUGCCAGCAAGACCCUGGAGCCACCGCAGUCCCUCGGCCGAAAAUGUGACCUGGUGGUACCAACACAUUCCCCGCGUUACCCCACUGCAGCCGAACUUGAUGCCUAUGCUCAGAAGACUGCCAACAACCCUCUGUCUAUCAAGAUAUUCCCCACUAACAUCAGGGUUCCCCAGCACAAGCACCUUAAUCGGACUGUGAACGGAUACGACACCACAGGCCAGCGCUACGCCCCGUACCCUCACCUCCACACGGGAGGUUAUCACGGCCUGCUCGCCAUCUUCAAGGCCUGCUCUUCAUCGUCACCAUCAUCGACCUCCACCUUCGUACCUUCAAAAGGGGUCCUCAAGAACUCUGAAGGCAGACGGACUAAGCUCUCUCCAGCCCACAAGGCUGUGGCGCCAUACCCACCCCCAUGUAAUAGCACUUUAGCUAAUGGCCAUGGCCAAGCGGUAUUCCACACCGGGCCUUCAAAGCCUCCCGAAGGGCCCGGCUUGUCGGUUCCUCCUAAUGUCACUGUGGCCGGGUCGGUGAUUCCAGUAACAGGAGGUCGUGGCUUGACCCUCCCCGCACAGUCCAACCUACCUUCAAUCCAGAGCAUCAUUUACCAGAUCAACCAGCAUUGCCAGGCCCAGGCGCUGCAGCAGGUAUGUCAAGGGUCUGCCGCUGUCCCAUCAAAUUCCAGCCCUUCCAAACAGACCACCACUGUCAUGGGGGUCUCCUCGAGUUCCUCAGGUGGAGGAUACGUGGUGGGAGUUGGUCCGCAGGCCAACAUGGUAUACGCUGCUCCCGGUCUGCCAGCUCAGAAUGCCGAAUCAAUGAAGACCGGGGUGUACACAGACAGCAUGGACUACAUUCUUUGGCAGAAACAGCAGCAGCAGCAUCAACAACAAGCCGUGCUCCGCAUGUACAGCGGAGGGAGCGGAGGAGGUGGCGUGAUCAGCAAGUCCCCAGAGACAUGUAUCCCAGGUGGAGGGAUCAUGGCUGCGCAGGUCUCCUCCUCUUCCUCCAGACCGUACCACUUGACGGCCAGCGCCAGCGGCAGUGGACUGGACAAAGUCAGCUCUUCCCCCUUGAACUGUGUGGGCAUGCACGGGAAUUUCUCCGUGGGGCAGUACUUCGCCCCGCCGUGGAACAGCGUGCUGGUGACGCCCGACAGUGACUGCUAUAACCCCCAGGAGCUUAUCGGCACAUCCGCAGGGGGCCCGGCCACAGUGCACAGAGAGAUGGGCUACCCUCACCCGCAUCACCACUAUCACCACCACCACCACCCUCACCACCCUGCUAUAGACAGCGGCGGGGGCUUCUGCUGCAGCCUCCCCAGCAAGAGCCUGUGCAACACGUCCGUGCUGAGCAGCAGCCUGCAGUCUCUGGAGUACCUAAUCAACGACAUCCACCCUCCCUGCAUCAAGGAGCAGAUGCUCGGCAAAGGCUACGAGACUGUGUCUGUACCGCGGCUGCUUGACCACCAGCAUGCACACAUCCGCCUCCCUGUUUACAGAUAGAGGGCUGAAAAACAGCAGGAAGAGAAUCAAGAUUUUUUUUUUUUUUUUUUUGAAUCAAAGUUUAAUAAAGACAUGUAUUCCAGGGGGUGCGGGACUGUUCAGAGUGGCACUGCUUUAACCAGUGAGUGAGCUCGGCCAGUUGUUGUGCUGUGUGACUGGCGGUAUCGACCCGGGCUGUGUGGAUCCAACAUGUGCGAGGGGGUUGUGAUUUCCAGUGGGAGUGAAAAGGGAUUUCAAGAUUCUCCAGAUGUUCCAUGUGUGGUUUGCCAAUAGGAGUUUCAGAUUGAUUUAUUUUUCGCUUCUCUUAUUUUUUUUGUUGUUGUUGAUGUUGUUUUAAUUGCUUGAACAUUUUUGGACGAGAAUCAUAACUUGACAGGAAGAGUGAAACGCCACAUGACCCCUCCUUACCGUUAAAUAUGAAGCUACUGUGUAGGUUGUCACUGAAGCGGCCUUUAAAGGCCAAAAGUUUAGGGCUGCACACACUCACAUACACGCACACACACACAAGCACACACACACACACACACACACACACACGCAAACACAUAGAACCAAUGUACCAACACUUGACAACAACAACGGUGAUACUUUAAGCAGUACUGUGGUGUUAUGUACACGGAACAUAAGAGUGAAGAGUAGUACAUCAUAGUAAUUAUUGCUGUUAAAGUUUGAUACAUAAAUUGCACUGCUUAAAUCUUCUUAACCUUGUGGUUUGGAAUUGGGUAGUUUGGUUAUAAUAUAUUUUAAAAAAACUUGAAAAACUUGAACCUAUUUUUGUUGUUUUAUAUAUUUGUAGGUAUAUUAUAUGCAUUGGCUGCUACUGGGAAGUGUCUGAAAUGUUUUGAUUUUUUUUUUGGUCAUUUAAUUUUGUUUUUUGAUUUCAAUAUUCCUCUCUAAGCCAAUGUGCAGUUUCUUAUGUCCCUUUGUGAGACAUGGACGCUGCUGGAGUUCUGUGAGAACCCGGUUCGGAGAGCUCUUUCUUUUCCUAACCAACACUGGAAUUUACAAUAAAUCUUGAGAUGCUUAUUUAAAAAAAUCUUGUCAGUAAAUACAAGAAACAGAAAUGUUACAAUGAAGAAUGUGACUCGUAGGUUAUCUCUGUAACCUUACAUGUAUGUUUAUGUGUGUAUGUGGCCGAGUGCAUGUGUGCAUUUUUUAUUUUUAUUUUUUUUUUUGGUUGAUAUUCUUCAAAAUCCUCAGACUUUUUUCUGACACGCUGAGUCAGCAUAAACACCAUAUCUGCAGUGUACAGGAGAUGGUGCAAACAUCUCUCUAAUUCGAGAUGGGCUCUGGAGUUCAUAGUCACAUCCUGACAUCCCAGCGAGAUGUUGUCACCGGCGGGAGGUGUUGGCGAAAAGAAAUCCCUAUUCUAGGGGACUGCUAAUACCUAAUCCUGCGAAUAAACCCUGAAAAUUAAAACAAUCAUGGCCUCUCCUCUGGCAUCUGACGAAUGAAGACAAGGGUCACUGCAUUUCCUUGUUCACUUUAGCCCCUGGUCGGGACACAUUUAGCCCGCACCGGUUUUAACUUGAUGAUUCAGAGCAGUGAAAUAUUUAUCAUGACUGUGAGAUUCCCUUGAAUGUACUGCACUUAAAAUCCUGGGAUGUUUUAUUGCCUUGUGUGAUUCAAGUGAAAGAGGAAAAAAUUGGAUCAGUGCAGCAGUCCCCUGGUCUUAAAUUAGCAUUUCUUUUGUCAGACGAAUUUCAAUGGUAAAUUGAAUUUAUUAACCGGAGAGAGAGGGGAGUUUUGUCGAGGAGAAAUACUGGCAUCAGUCAAGAUUUAUGAAGUGCAAUUAUUAUAACUGUAUUAACAUUUUUUUCCUCUGAGCUUACACCAAAAAAAAUGUAAACUACAGUUGUCAAUACAUUCCCAAUGUACCACACCCCUGAUCCCUAUUCUUUUGUUUUGAGGUGUAAAAUAAAUUUCUUUAAGAAUAAUUUCUGAUGCU